GCUUUUCAUAAUCGCAUUUUGGCAUGUUCCUUCAAUAAUCAUAAUUGCAAUGCUCAAAGCAGUGGCUUUAUUUAUAGUGUUGACACUCCAUCCAAAAAUCUUCCAAACAAUUCUUUUAAUCCAGGCUGCAAGCAACCAGUAAAAGAGUUAGAAGUUACCGAAAGAGAAAAAAUGAAGUUUAUAAAGCAAGAUAACAAUUAACAGACAAACUGAAAGGUUGCAAGUUGUAUGAAUCAGAUGAAGGGAGCGAAUUUCAAAGAACUGAUGUCUGAGAUAUCGGUCCUGGUUACAUUUAUGGAUUUAAUGCAAGUACAUUUCGAAUAAAUAUUUAUGGAAACUUAUAUACUAAUAUACACAAUUUCAAUGUGUAUAUAACUAUGGCAAUAUAUUCAGAAAGUAGAGAUAAAUCUGAUUUUGGUUUGUUUGAUACUCAACAACAUUUUAGUGUAGAAAUUCCCUCAUCCUCAUACAAUUGGGACACAAUAAAUAUAAUAUAUGAUCUCACAGAUUCUGAAAUGAAUUCAGGCUUUACUUUUGACCUUCAAACAACAAACACGUUUACAAGAUUUGAUGAUCUCUGCAUUUAUCAAAUUUGUAAAGAAAGUUAUACUUUCAAUGUUACUUCAAAUCAAUGUGAAGAAAAUACUUGCUUGGUUAAAAGUUGCCAAUAUUAUUGUAAUUUGGUAUCUGGCAAUGCAAUAUGCUCAUGCCCAACUGGAUAUAAGUUGAAUUCUGAUAAUAUAACAUGCAUGCAAGACCUAUGUCUGUUCAAGUAUUGUGAAUACCAAUGCAGUAUGGUGUCAGGUAUUGCAACAUGUUCAUGCCCGGCUGGAUACAUUUUGCAUAGUGAUAAAAUAAGUUGUUUACAAGUUCCGACAGCAGUAACUUCUACGUCUUUUACAAUAAUCAUUCCAAACUUUCCUACUAAAAGCCCAAUUGUUACUUAUUACAUCAUCUUGGUAAAGUUAUCGUCACCUUUUCUUCCAACAAGAACUUCAACUUCAUACACAUGGACUGAAAUCAACAACCACAUUGAUAAUUUGUACACAGUAGGAGUAAUUGAUGCACGCAAUAGCAUCACAAGUUUUACAGUUGGAGAAGGGUCAAAUACAAAUCCCACUCUUCAAACAGGAGCUGCCUACACUACAUUUGUUAGAGGUAUAGCUUUAGAUAAUAGUACAUUCACAUCCUCAUAUAGUUUAAUUGUGGUGCCUGGAGAUCUUACAUCAACUAAAUCUACUACCACAACAGAAGCUCCAACUACAACCGCACAAGCUCCAACUACCACCACACAAGCACAGACUACCACAGCGCUAGCUCCAACUACAAUAAAUGAAUGUGGAACAACUUGUAAUAUGCCUUACAGUAAAUGCACCAAAAUAAAUGGAAGUGGUAUCUGCUCUUGUAUUGAAGGCUUUCAAUUCGAUAGCAAAAACAAUCUUUGCAUUGAUAUAGAUGAGUGCCUAACCACUUGUAGAUGGAGUAACAGUAAUUGUUAUAAUACUAUAGGAAGUUACAUGUGCUCUUGCAAUAAUGGUUUUCAGUUAGACACUAGUAAAGCAAGCUGUGUUGAUAUAAAUGAAUGCGCCACCACCUGUAACUGGAAGAACAGCAAUUGCGCAAACAAAAUAGGAAGUUAUAUCUGCUCUUGUAAUACUGGUUAUCAAUUAAACAGCAACAUGACUGAUUGCAUUGAUAUAAAUGAAUGUGCCACUAUGUGCAACUGGGACAACAGUAAUUGUACAAAUACAGUAGGAAGUUACUACUGCUCCUGUAAUUAUGGUUAUCAAUUCAAUAGCAGGAGAACUAGUUGUAUUGAUAUUGAUGAAUGUUUGACUACCUGUAAUUGGAGCAACAGUAAAUGCAAAAAUACAAAUGGAAGUUAUGAAUGUACUUGUAAUAGCGGUUUUCAGUUUAACCCCAAUAAAACAAGUUGUGGGGAUGUAAAUGAAUGCUUGACCACUUGUAACUGGGAAAACAGUAAUUGCAUAAACACUAUAGGAAGUUACAGCUGCUCUUGUGAAAAGGGUUUUCAAUUCAACUCCAAUAAAACAAGUUGUAUUGAUAUAAAUGAAUGUGCUACCACGUGUAAUUGGGUUAACAGUAAUUGUACUAAUACAAUAGGAAGUUACUACUGCUCCUGUAAUUAUGGUUAUCGAUUCAAUGGCAGGAAAACUAGUUGUAUUGAUACUGAUGAAUGUUUGACUACCUGUAACUGGGGCAAUAGUAUAUGCACAAAUACAAUAGGAAGUUAUCACUGCUCUUGUAAGAGUGGUUUUCAGUUUGAUGCAAGUAAUACAAGUUGUGUUGAUGUAAAUGAAUGUUUGACUGCUUGUAACUGGAACUACAGCAAUUGCACAAACACUAUAGGAAGUUAUAGCUGCUCAUGCUACAAAGGUUUUCAAUUAGACUCCAAUAAAACAAGUUGUAUUGAUGUUAAUGAGUGUAUUGUUGACAAAGAAUGCAGCUGGCUUUAUGGUGCUUGUAACAAUACCUAUGGAGGUUUUAACUGCUAUUGUACUGGAGAUUGGUUGCUAAGCGACACAAAUAAAAGCUGUAUUGGUAAGCCAGCUACUGCUGUUACUGCUCAGUCAUUUCAAAUUACUGUUGGAUCAUUCUUAACUGGUUUAGUUAUUAGAUAUGUUGAGGUUAUUAUUCGAAAACAGUCAGAUUUUAUCAUUCCUUCAAAAUCUCCAAGCCAGUAUACUAGUGAAGAUAUAGAUAAUCACCUAGAUGGUUGGCAUCGCUUUGCAAAAGUCACAGUAUCAUCUAAUGAAAUAUCUUCUAUCAAGUUAUCAUCUAAGAAUGGAAAUUCCAUUGCAGUUAAUUCUGGUAAUUCAAAAUCAGCGCCUGGUCGUAAACGAAGAAGUUUGGAUAAUGGUUUUGCAAUUGAAGAUGGAGAGCUUUAUUCUACAUUUGUAAUUGCCAAUACUGAAAAUGGUACUCUGACUACACCUUAUUAUCCCCCUGUUAUAACAGUUGAUCCUGGUUCAUUAUGUGCUUCUAUAUCUUGCUUUAAAUUCAAAAAUCAAAUAUGCAGUUUGGUUAAUUCUACAUCACCAAAAUGCUUUUGCCAAAAUGGUUUCAUUUCUUUUGAUGCUUAUUCAACAUGUGAAGACAUUGAUGAAUGUUCUUCGCUACCAAACACCUGUGGUUUUACAAAUAGUGUUUGCAAAAAUAUAGCAGGUGGUUACACAUGUUCAUGUCAAAGUGGUUUUGAAUUUAGUAACAAUUCCAACUAUUGUAUAGAUAUAAAUGAAUGUAAUUUGUCAUGUAAAUUUCCAAAUGCUACAUGUACUAAUAAAUAUGGAUCAUAUGAAUGUCACUGUAACAUUGCUGGCUCUUUCUAUAAUUCAACAUCAGACUCAUGUCAAGACUUAGAUGAAUGUAAUAUGGGUACAAACCUGUGCGAUCCAGUAUUAGGAAUUUGUCACAAUCAAAAUGUAUUUGCAACUGGCAUACCUUAUAAUUGCUCCUGCCCCAGUGGAUGGGAAUUGUCAAAAGACGGAAGUUAUAAAUGUGUUGAUACAAAUGAAUGCUUAAACUCAUGUAAUGGAGUUAAUGCUUUUUGCAUAAACACUAUUGGUUCUUUUGAAUGUUAUUGUGCUGCUGGAUUUUUAUUAAACUCUUCUUUUCAAUGUGAAGCUAUUAAUAUGUGCUCUCAAAUAAAUUGUCCAUCAAGUUCAAACUGCUCUAUGAUUGGUCUAGGAUAUUUCGGUUGCACAUGUAAACCUGGUUAUUCAAUAAAUUAUAUGUCUAGCUGCGAAGCAAUCAAUCAAUGUCAAGAUAAAACAUCGACUUGUUUGAAGUCUCAUCAAGUUUGCCAAAAUAAUGUUAGCAAUCUAGGAUUUACAUGUGGGUGUCGCAAUGGAUAUGAAAAUGUUGGUGGCGACUGCAUAGCUAUAGACACAAGUAUUUGUAAUCAUGCUCUAUCAAUUAAUGCAUCAUUGUGUCCUUCUAAUCAGCAAUGUUUUGAUUUAAACUCAAGUUUUGAGUGUAGAUGUCUGCCAGGUUACAUGAAGAAUGGCUCAGAUGAAUGUGAAGAUAUAAAUGAAUGUCUUAAUGCAACAAGUUGUACAGAAAAUGCGGAGUGUAUAAAUUUUAAUGGUGGCUUCGAUUGUCAGUGUAAACAGGGUUAUAGUGGAAAAAAUGAAACUAACCCUUCAGCAAAAAUUUGCUAUGAAAACAAUGUUUGGAGCUCUUGGGAACAAGUUGGUCACUGUAGUGAGUUGUGUCAAACUGAUAAGAAACGUGGAAAGUUAUUGUUCACUAGACUGUGUAAAAUGUCCAGUCCAGUUAUCUGUCAGGGCAACACAACAAAAGAAGAAUUUUGCAACUCUGACUAUUGUGACAACAAAAUAAAGGUUUUGAAAUCUGUGCAAUGUGAGAGUUGGGAAAACAUGGAAGAUUCUAUUGAUCUUCCAUUUAAAGAAGAAAAUCAAACGUGGAUUUACGAAAUUCGAAAGUGGCUUGGUUAUUAUAUAUUUGCUUCUGAAUGCAAAUCAUUAAGAAGUAUUGAUUCCUAUAUGCAAGUCAAGAUUGAAAAUUUGCAAAUGGAAAUUUCACAUUUAAAAGAGAUUCGCUUAUCCUUAAGAAAACUUAUUGAUUGCAACACUUACCUUCAAAAAAUAGAUGGUUUACGUCAAAAAUACAAAUCUGUCCAAUCCAGAUUGGUUACAUACACAACUAUAAAAACAGCUUUUAAAAAAUUGCAAUCUAGAAUGGCUUUGAAGCAAAAGGAAUGCAUGCGCUACUCAUAUACCUUCUUAACAUAAUCACCCUGGUUGUAAUAAACAGCUAAACAGUUGAUCUUUUAAGUUGCUGUAAACAGUUGAUCUGUUAAAUUAUCGUAUCUUAACUCAACUCGUUUAAUUAGCAGAUUCAAUAUGUUCUGCUUUUUUUCUAAAUUGUCGAUAGUUAAUUUUUAUAUACAUAUGGCAAAAAUUUAUAUUUUUAUUUGAUUUACGCUUUAUAUUUUUUCACGUAACUAUUACUUACCUUAGCCCUUAUAUAUUUAGUUUUUAU